AUGAAUCAAGAGACCUGGUGUAACUUUGCUAAUAAAACAGACACUCUACUUGGUGUUAGUCCUAUCAAAAACUUCGGUCUGAGUAAUCUUACAUGCAAAAGUAACAUUAAUUUCUUCUGGAAUCAACUACAGAGCAUUAUUAUUACUGCAGCCGAUCUCACGAUACCCGUUAGACAAUCUAGUACCCACUCUAAAGCUAUCCGGCCAACGCUUUUGAAACAUGCAUAUAGUACACUUAAAAGCUUACAAAAAUGGUUGAAAAUCACCAAUGAGAUUCUCAAAACGCAGACCUUUAAAAUAGAAUGGAAUAAAUUUAUUGUUAAAAUCCCACCAAUUGCCCAAGAAAUGCAAAUUUCCUUUUUAGAACAUGGCGAUCCAUUAACAAAG